AAUCGAUAUCUUGGUGUCCACAGUUCUCAGAAGCUGGGCAAUCUUGUGAAGAGUCACAGAAACCGGCCUGGCCUGGUGUCGCUUCCUCUUUCUGCUUCUCUGUUUCCUAACGACGACGUCAGCAUAAAUAGGAAGCGCGAGAGGCCCCCUGUCGCCUGGACACUCCGGCAGAAGAAGGCUGAGCUGUCCUACCACCAAGAGGCAGAGUCCUAGAGAGAGGAUUCACCGGACCCGGGGACAUGGGUCUGGCCUGCCCCCCAGCCGAGGAAGAAUCCAAGAUUCCAGGCCAGUGAGGACCCCCAGCCCCUGCCCAGCCCUGGACCCACUGGAGCCGGCCCCCCAUUCAUCCAGAGCUGCCCCAGAGAUGGUGCUGACCCGGGGGCUGCUCCCCGUUGUCUUGGUGGCUCUGUUCUGGGGGCCCAGCGUGGCAGGGGCCCAAGAGACCGUCCCACUGCAGACCCUGAGCUGCUACAAUGACUACAAGAGCCUCAUCACCUGCAGGUGGGCAAACACCCAGGGCGCCCAGUCGCUCAUCAACCUGACUCUUUACCGGAGGCUGAACGAGGACCCUCCAAAGCCCGUGUCCUGUGAUCUCAGUAACGACACUGCCUUGUUAGACCACCCGUGUCCCGGCUGUGUGUCUAGAAGAUGUGUCAUUCCCUAUGAGUUUUUCGUCAUUGCUGACAGAGAUUACUUCUCAUUCCAACCGGACCGGCCUCUGGGCACCCAGCUCACCAUCACUCUGACCCAGCAUGUGCAGGCCCCGGAGCCCAAGGACCUUCUGAUCAAUACUACCGGGGACCGCUUCCUGCUGACCUGGACGGUGGCCCUUCCGGGUCCCCAGAGCCACUGGCUGUCCAGCCUGGAGUAUGAGGUGGUCUACAAGCGGCUUCAGGACUCCUGGGAAGAGGCCUCCACCCUCCAAGUCAACUCGUCCCAGGCCAUCCUGGAGCCAGAGCACCUCAUUCCCAGCAGCACGUAUGUGGCCCGAGUACGCACCCAUCUGGCCCCCAGCUCCGGGCUCUCGGGGCGGCCCAGCCCGUGGAGCCCAGAGGUCCUCUGGCACUCGCAGAGAGGGGACAAGGCCCAGCCCCAGAACCUCCAGUGUUUCUUCGACGGGGCCUCCGUGCUCAGCUGCUCCUGGGAAGUGAGGUCUGAGGUGGCCAGCUCAGUGUCCUUUGCCCUUUUCUACAAGACCAGCCCCAAUGCAGGGGAGGAAGAGUGCUCCCCAGUGCUGAAGGAGGAGCUCCCCGGCCUCUACGUCCAGCACCGGUGCCAGAUUCCAGUGCCCGACCCCGGGAACCACAGCCAGUACACCGUCUCCGUUCGGCCAAAGGAGGAGGAGAAGUUUAUAAAGAGCUCGGACAACAUCCAGAUGGCUCAGCCAGCUCUCAACGUGACCAAAAGCAGAGACGGCUAUACCCUGCACUGGACGGCAAAGGAAAUGUUCUACAAACACAUAGGUCACACCUUCCAGGUCCAGUACAAGAAGGAUGCAGCCUCGUGGGAGGAGAGCAAGACGGAAACCCUCCAGAACGCCCACAGCAUGUCGCUGCCACCGUUGGAACCCUCUACCAGGUACCGGGCAAGAGUGAGGGUCGAGCCCACCCCCAGCGGCUACCGUGGAAUCUGGAGCGAGUGGAGUGAGGAGUGCUUCUGGGACACCGAGUGGGCGGCCCCAGUGCUACCCCUGUGGGCCCUGGUGCUCAUCCUGGUCUUCGCCACUCUGACGUUGCUCCCCGCCCUGCGCUUCUGCGGCAUGUACGGGUACAGGUUGAACCGGAAGUGGGAGGAGAAAAUCCCUAACCCCAGCAAGAGCCACCUGUUCCAGAACGGCAGUGCAGGGCUCCAGCUCCCAGGCAGCAUGUCGGCGCUCGUCAGCAUGAGCCCCCCGCACAAGGGGUCGCAAGGCAGCCUCUUCCCUGAGCUGGACGGGGUGUUCCCUGUGAACUACAGGCACAGCGAGGUGUCACCUCUCACCACGGAGGACCCAAAAGAUGCCCGUGAAUCACCAUGGGAGCCUGACGCAACUCCAGCCUCCUCGGACCUAUUGGCGGAGCAGGACUGCGGCCCCCAGCCAGGACCAUCAGCCCCCGCAGGCAGGCCUGAGAGCCAGGGUUCCGGCUUCGACUUCAAUGGCCCCUACCUGGGGCUCCCCCACAGCCACUCCCUGCCUGAUGUGCUGGGCCAGCCGUCGCCCCCGCAGGCAGGCGUGAGCCAGAAGCCACAGCCUCCCGGGGCCCUGGAGUACCUGUGUCUGCCCGCGGGGGGGCGGGUGCAGCUGGUCCCGCUGGCCCAGGUGACGGCACAGGGCCAGGCCAAGGACCUGGACAGGACCCCUGGCCCAGAGGCUGAGGGGAGCCCCUCCCUGGAGUCAGGCGCGGGGCUCGCCCCUUCUGCACCUGGGCUGAUGGUAGGCGGUCAAGGCGCAAAGAACAGCCCCAGCGCAAAGAUCGGGGUCCUCACAGCUCGGCCCCCUGGCUCCGGGGGCCCUGAGGGUGGCUUCCUGGCCUCUGGCUAUGUCACCACUACAGACCUGGCACUCCCCUUGCCCACGGAGCUGCCAUCUGUCUCCACAGUUCACCCUGGGCACCUGCCCUCAGACCAGAACCAGAGCCUGAGUCUUGGAGGGGCUGGCGGGCCCCAUGCAGCCCCAGCCCCCGGGAAGCCAGAAAUCGAGGACUAUGUGGAUGUCCCUCCAACCCCAGGCCAGUCUUCCAAGCCCCCUGUGGGCGAUCCUGCCCUUCCUACAGCCCGUAGCUCCAUGCUCAGCCCGGGGGAGCCCAGAGCAGGGGGGGCGCCCCCCUCCCCCCACCCUGAGGGGCUCCUGGUCCUGCAGCAGGUGGGUGACUACUGUUUCCUCCCUGGCCUGGGCUCUGGCCCUCUCUCACCCCAGACGAAGCCCUCUUCCCCAGGACCCUGUCCUGAGAUUGGGGACCACGACCAGGUGUUCCAGGCCAAGAAGGCCCUGGGCCAGGCCAUUCCCCAGAUGCCAGCUAUCCGGCACUUCAAAGCCCUCCAGCAGCAGGACUACCUGUCGCUGCCCUCCUGGGAUGUGGGCAGGCCUGAGGAGGUGCGCUGACGCCCUCCGGCUCCUGGGCGCGUGAGUGGAAGGAGGUCCACCUCCCCUCCCACCGGCCCAGGCCCCAACCACGCUGGGCUCUGCAAAGCCAGGAGAGGCUUCCGUGCUCCAGUAGAUGGAGGUGGGGAAGUUGGUCGACCUCCUCCCUUUUUACUUGACCUCCCGCCUAUCAGUCCUCCUCUCCCCACUGCCUCCUUCUCUCUCUCAUGGACAGACAGAUGGACACAGACACAUGCACAUUUUUCUUUCACAUCAACUCACUUUUAGACUCCAAAUUAUUAGAGCUUCCUGUAUAUGCAUUCUAUUCGCCCCUGUUUUUUUGUUUUUCUUUGUUUUGGGGGGGUUUUGUUUUGUUUUGUUUUUUUACAAGAUUUCCUUGCCUUCGCCACUGUCUUCUUUCUCUUUCCACCAAUUUAUUAUUUGAGUGACUUUGAGGUCUGAGCUAAGCCCAUUCUGAAAUGUCGUGUCUCGGUCAGAGCCUGUUCUGACGCCGACGUGUCUGGUCGCGUUGAGGGCUUGGGUCUGCGGCCUGGCCCCGGCAGGCACGGAUGCAGCCUUGGUGUGGAGGGAGGCAGAAGCCCCCCACCCCCACCGCCCGGCCAGGACCUUGGAAGGGGAGGCUCCGGAGAGCAGUGCAGGACCCAGCUUGCUGGUGGCAGGCUUGCAGCCCCAAGCGUGGUGGCAAUGGGCGCUCCAAGCAAUGGGUGUGGUGAGGGGUGCGCAAGAGGAGAGCUGUGCUGAGCUCCGGGGGCGGGAGGCGGGCGCCGGUCUCACAGGCGAUGGCUGGAGAGUGAGGGACUGCAGCCCUGGGGGAACAAUGUGCGUGUUGGCCUGCUGGCUACAGUGACCUGCUCUCUAUGUCCCGGCUGAUGGGGCCUGCGGCAGCUCAGAUGUGGAGGGGUGCCCAGAAACCACGUACACUCCAGAAAUGUUGGGAAGAUCCGCUCAACAAAGAAAAAAAGGAUAAUGAUCAAAGGUCUGGACCCUUUUGGGCUUGUAGUUGGAGUCACGCUGCUGCCCUCCCUCCAGAAAGAACUUACAGCUCCCACCUCCCCUGGCCACGGCCCAGGGGCUUUAGAUCUAUGCCAGGCCUACAUGGAGAAUUAUGGUUCCUUAAAAUCUGUGCCUUUUUGAUAUGAAAAAAAAAAGGCAUUAAAUUGUUUGAAUUUGCAUUAUUUGGUAACUACCAAGUGUGCACGCAUUUUCGUAUUCCUGGGCAUUCGUAUUUUUGGACCGGGCUAAGCCCAUGAUGGACUUUGUUCUGUGGGGUGUUCAUCUUUUCCAGAUUAAGUUUUUAAAACUGUUUACAUGCAAACCUUUCAUGGAUGGUGCACGCUUUCCCCUAGUUUGUAGUUUGUCUUUGAAUUUUGUGUCUGAGGCUCGUAGACCUCCGCAAGGCAGCUCUGCCUCCGUGUCUGCAAGGUGAGAUUUGCCGGCUUGGCUUUUGGUGUCCAGUUUACAAAGGCCAUCCCCCCUUUGAAACGACAUUGGUCCUAAUUUAUAUGUUUUCUGGUUCUUUGUCGUUUCAAGCUUUCUGUGUAGAGUUGUGAUGGGUCUGGAAUGUACGCAUGCGAGAGGGAGAGCUCCUUUAUGUUUUCCCCAAGCGAGUAGGCUGGGUAAAUGUUUUUCCAUCGUUUGCUGAAACAUCUAUUCUUCGUCCAAGUGUCUAAAAUGCCACUUUCAGGAUCUAGAAAGUCCCUGAUAUACUUAGUGGGUUUCUAGGUUUUCAGUGUUUGUAUCUUACAUUGUCCUCUCAAUGGCACCCCACUGUUCCGAUUGUUCUGUCUUCCUAAUGUUUUAACAAGUGGCAGGCCCAAUGUUCUUGUGACUUUUGUUGUCAAAGCCCUGUUCGGUAUAGCAAUGCUGGGGGUGGGGGGUGGAGGGGAAGGAAUGAUGAACAAUGUAAAUAUUCACAAAUAGUGACAUGUUACAAUAAUAACCCUUGAAGCUAUUCUGAGAUAGAAUCCUAUGUGACAGAGGAAGGAGGCAGUCCUAUUUGGAUGAGAAGGAAGUCCAAGAGAAUGAAUUCCGAAAUGUUCAGACAGUGUUAGCUGAAAGAAAUUGCAAUAAAAUAUUUUUAUUGUAAAACAAAACCCAGA